AGAAAAUCAUAGAAUGCUUAUCUGACGAUGACGCUGAUAGUGAUAUAAAUCAAUUGAUAACAUAUAAGGAUUUAUAGUUUCGUUAACAAAAAUAGUCACGACCAUGCGUGAUGGGUUUGGUAACGAGUAUACCCUUGACGUAUUGGUGAAGAGAGCCAAAAACUUGCCUCUUUUUGACAAGAGUGGACAUCAGAGUUCCGUCUUCACAGUAGGAUUUCAGGGAUGGAAAAGCAAAAGCAAAGUGUUUGACAAUGAUCUUAAUCCACGUUACAACGAAAUGUUCACCUUUCCAAUUGGGAUGCAUGGCAUUAUUGAAGAUGACAAAAUUGGGAUAAAUGUAGAAACCUACAAAACGACGGGGCGAGGUCGCUCCCUUGGAAACAUCACCCGAAUUUUUCCAGUUAGCGAACUAAGAAGUGGGAAGGCGGUGAAUUGUUCAUGGGCCCUAAGUGACAAUAACGGUUGCCUUAACGGAGCAACAAUCGAACUAGAGUUAAAAGCAAAGUUUUGGCCUGAAUUGAAAGUCGAAGAAAAAAAGAUACAGUCAAAGCCAAUAAACACGACGUUACUGCCAAAAGAGGUUGAUACGUAUAGGUUGCGUUUUCUGGUCCACAAAUGCACUAAGCUAGUCCAAUCACCCUGUUCGGCAAUAGUAGUGAUUCGCUUUGGAACAGACAUCAAGUCAACCCAGAUUUGUGAACUCACUCAAGAUCCUGAAUUUGAGGAGGAGAUAAACUUUGUCGUCUACAUGAGUCAGAGAGAUAUAGCUAAAGAAAUUGUGACGAUUGAGGUUUUAAAUACCCUACGAACUGAUAAAGAAGCGGUGGUAGGAGACUUUAAAUUUAUGGUAGAGACUGGAUUCACUGGGGAGGCGGUAGGAUGGGAUGAGCCAGCUUAUGAGGCCAACACAGUUUGUCGAACCAUGACAAAGAAAUGGAUAAUUUUAACUAAUCCGUUCCAAACUCCAAAGAAUAUAAAUGGCUUUGUUAACAUGUCGUUUAGCGUGUUGCAAUCAGGACAGUCUUUGGAACAAUCGCCCAUAAUCGAUCCCAUAAUACUCGAUGUGUUAAGAAACGUGAUGAGGCCGAGUGAGGUAACUGCUCAAUACAAAAGGGUAUAUUUCAGAGUUUACCUUGCCGAAGAUCUCCCAAUCAUGGAUAAUCCUGACGAUAUGUCUCAUGUCAUGGAGAAAAUGAGAUUAACGAGGGCGGCAUUCUGUGACCCGUAUGUUGGCAUUUCCUACUGCGGGGUGGAAGCAAGAACUUCCAUAAACUAUGCUAACUACAACCCCCGGUUUAACACUGACAUAAUAUUUAACAUCGAAAUACCAGCUGUAACCGAUACAGUAGUAAUAACACUUUAUGAUUACGACGCUGAUAAAAUCAACUCAGCAGAUAUACUAGCCACGAAGCACUUAUCUCUCACCGAAAUAUCAUAUUUGUCAGAUGACGAAUACGGUUUCGAUCCAACAUUCGGCCCCUCUUUAGUGCCCUUCUAUGGUUCGCCGAAGCAUUUUGAACACUCUCAACACCCUGAACUGAACGAAGGAGCAAAUGGUAUCGGGUAUAGAGGAAGAAUACUGCUGGAGGUGUUUACAAAACCCAGCUUCUCUGUUGGGAUGUUUGCCAACACUGCCCCUGCCCCCGAAGAGGCAAUAAAGAGGGCAGCCAAGGGACUACGAACCCAAAAGUGUGUUCUGGUGAUGGGUGCAAUGGAAGCAACUAUGAUCCCAAAAGAGUUUGCAGACAACCCAGUUAGCUUUGAGAUAUCUGUGGGCGAGUUUGGCUAUGCAAACUCUUUAUUUACUAACCCGACUACAAGUAAGAUAUGGCCUCAGGCACCUUUGUUUGACUCAGUGAAUUACUACUGGCUAGAAUUUGAUAUAGAUCAGGCGUGCAUUAUACCAAUGGAAUGGGAACAUUCAAUAUUUCGACUUGAGCAUUUGAACAUUCUGGAAAGAAUCAGAGACUUUUACAGAAAGUCUUUGGAUGAUAUCGAUGACGAUAUACAAAAAGAAAAAAUCCCCGCUGACAUAAUCUCUUCUAUGAAGAUUCUGGUGAAAAGAACUAUAGACAGGUGCGGCAUUACUCUACCAGAUCUACCAGAUAGUGCCAAUAACUUAGACAAAAACCAGAAAAGCUUAAGAGAGAUGAAGUUGAGAUUAAUCAUUCAAGAAUGUAAGAAACUAGCCCGAGGAUCUCUAGAUGGCACCCCUCUCGCUCUGAAACUCCUUCAAAAAAUUCUUCAAAUCCUGGAUGAAAUCUGUUGUGAACCACAGAUCGAAAUCCCAAAUGUUAUCGUUUACAUGUUCUCUGGAGACAAGCUUGUGGCCUAUUUCUCAAGUCCCAUUCACUACUUCCUAGAGUCUUCAGUAGCGAAAGGAAAGGACUGUGAAAGAAUGAUGUACAUGGAUCUGAAAUCGACUGAUGGACGGGAUAUGAUGGCUGCUCAACUUCUUGGCUUUUUAUGGUUUGGUACAGAAAAAAUGUAUAAAGAAGACUUUCAGUUCCCUUAUGAUGGCCGAAUUUCCUCUUAUGCUGAAAUGUAUGAAAACGAAAUUAUAACAAAUGGGCGAUGGGGUGUAAAGAACUUAACACGGCCGCAAUUCUCGAAUGAAGAUGGAACGAUGCAAACUCCGAAAGAUUUCUUCACGGUACCAAAAGGAUGGACGUGGGAAGGCGAGUGGGAAAUUCAGCCAAAGAAAGGUUCGCUAGUUAGCGAAGAGUUCACACUGAAAGAAUGGGUUGACAGAAGAUAUGAGACGGUGAACUAUUUUGAUCCGGGUGAUAUCGAGACUCAAUGGUGGAACAAGGACAUGAUAGAAUCGAGCGCUAAAGAUGAAGUUAAGUUGUCCAGUGACUGGGAGUGGACACAUGAGUGGGUCAUUGACUCAGAGGAACCUGGAGACGUUGAUGGAUGGUCCUACACACAUAGUCCAGAUAGUCAGACAUACACAUGCUCUGAGAAGAAAGGAAAUUCGUUUAAGAGAAGAAUGUGGAAAAGAGAAAGAGUCAGAAAUGGGCCUCCAGUUCUGCCCGAUAUAAAGGAAGUUGUAGAAAAGAAGGGCGGAUGGGUGUACAGCAAAACAUUCAAGAGCAAGUUCAAUAUUGAAGAAUUAUCAACUGACAUGGUCAGACGAAGAAGAUGGAUUCGAAAUAUGUCCUCAAUGGAUCCUUAUGCUGUUACCUUCUCGACAAAAACAGCAAACGCGGUGGUCACAGUAGCUCCCUCUCUGUUAUUGAAGUUUCCAGAUAUGCUCCGUUACGAAGUUCGAGUUCACAUCUUCCAAGGGAGGACCCUCACUUCCCCCGACAUUAUGGGAUACGUCACGGUGUACGGGAUUGUUUGUGUUUCUGGAGUUACUCAUGUGACAAGGACAAUCGAGCACCAGCUCUCUCCUACCUUCGACCAGACCCUUAAGUUUGAGGAUAUAGAGGUUAUAGGGAGUUCUGAGUACCUACACUUAACUCGACCUAAAGUUACCAUCCUCCUCUUCCACAAGGGACCCCAGGGAGAUGUGUUUAUUGGCAGAACGUCUAUGUUUCCUGAUAUUGCCAAUAUUGGAGUCAGUCACCGGAUGAAGUGGCAUGAAGUAGAGUUGAAGGGAAACUAUGCGGGAGACAUUUUGGGGAUGGCACAGAUCUACAGAUCUCAUACUCCCGAGGAUAAGGCAUUGUUGCCAUUUGAUCCCCCUGUCAUGCCAGACGGAAUGUUUCAGCUUCCCCCAGGAAUCAGACCAGUUAUGAAACUUACUAGAAUCGAGAUUUUAUCGUGGGGAUUACGAAAGCUUAAGUUUUGGAACUCCAAGCCAAUUGAUCACCCACGAAUUGAGAUUGAAUGCGGAGGCAGCACAACGACACUGGCACAAAUUGAAAACGUUAAACUCAACUCCAACUUUCCUGAGACCAGUACCUUUUUCGAUAUUUUGCUGCCAGAAGGAAAUACCUACAAACCACCCAUCAACAUUAGACUUCUCGACAAAAGGGGCAAUGGAUUUAUUCCACUGGUUGGGAAAUAUGUCGUCACCGAGUUUGCCAAGUUUGACCCAGAAUAUCUAGCGAAGGUGAUGGCAGCUACAGACAAGAUAGAGAAGCAGGGAGGAGGUGGUGGAGAUGAAGAGGAAAACUCUUUGUAUAGCUCUGAACAUGGAACCUCUGUCAGUACUGACAGUACUGUCGUCAUCAUCGAGGACGAGAACGAAGGCCAGACAGGGUGCAUGGCAUGUCUCAGUAAGAUGGUAAAGGUGGUAUCCUCCCUCAUGGGUACUGAGGUGUUAGAUGAAACUGAUGAUUGGGAGUUUCUGAGCAUGUACUGGUGGUCCCGGUAUUACGCUAUGCAAGGAAACACGCUUUUGUACAAGACAUUCAAACACCAUGAGCUUCCGAUGAUAUCGGUAUUCGAGAAGGAGAUUGAAUUUUACUACAACAACUUUGCUGACUCGAUCCAACAGUUCAAGUUGCAAACUGUGGCAAAACUAAAAGAGUCAAAAACUGACGAGGACUUGGAAAAAGAUCCCAUUAUUGGGGUUUACAAAGGGUCAUUUAGGAUAUACCAGCUAGAAGAUGGGGUAGAAAAACCUUUGUUGUAUGCUUCAGUUCCAACCUCGAAACCUCUGAGAGUAUUAAUCAGAGUAUAUUGCCUGGAAGGAAUUCAGCUCGCCUGUAACAGCCCUAUUAAAGACAGGUAUUGUGAUGCCUAUAUCCAGCUGCAGAUCGGACCAAAAAUCAUCAAAGACGUUGGAAGUUUAGUCCGCAAAACCAGAAACCCACGGUUCUCCAAGAUUUACAAUGUCGAGACUAUUCUCCCAAACUUUACAGAGCUUUCUGUGUCCGCCUACGACUUCGAGGCAACCGAGGAGAAGCACGACAAAUUGAUUGGAGAGACUAAGAUAGAUAUUGAAAACAGAUUCCUUUCAAUUAAACGACCUAUCUGUUCACUGAUUGAACGUUACAUGAUAGGUGGUCCACACAAGUGGCGGGACUUCAUGAUGCCGACUCAGAUACUGGACGAGUACUGCGUUGCAAAUGGAAUCUUCCUUCCGUCCUACAGCACGGAUGGUACUACUUGCAUUAUUGCUAGCGAGGCAUACACAUUGGAAGAGUUUGAAAAGCACAAAGAAAACUUUGAAGACAGGAAGGUUUGGGGUCCUGCUAAGGAGAGGGUAGCCUUGUAUGUGUUGCUAGAAUUGGGGCUUAUCCGUGACCAUGUGGAGAAGAGAAACCUCUACAACCCUGUUCUACCCGGGGUGUCACAAGGUAGGCUGCUGAUGUGGUGCGACAUAUUCCCUUAUAUGGAGAGUCCUCCAGAACCCAUGAACAUAGACCCUCCUCUCCCAGUGGAAAUGGAGCUCCGGGUCAUUGUGUACGACUGUAUUGACGUGGCCACGGUUGAAGAAGAACCUCCAGAAGAUGCCUCAGCAGACACACUCCAUGAUUUAGUUUCUAAGUCUAAAUUUGUUGGAGAAAAGGAGGCCGACGUUUCUGAGAUUCAUGUUAGGGCUAUUAACGGUGGGGGAUCUUUCAACUGGAGGUUCCUACACAAGUUCCACUACGCCUAUCUGGAGCGCAAGGUUAUAGUUGAGGGAGAGAUCGAGGACCAAAAGUUCGACCCUGUUAUUACUCUGAAUAUCAGUGAUGCUGAUCCUAGUAUUGCACCACUCCCUUAUGGUUCAGUGUCCCUGAACCUAGCGAACUGUCCUAGAGGAGCAACAGACUCAGCUAAAUGUCACAUGUCCAUGAUCCCCGGGUACGAAAAACCACCAGAGUUGAUUGAAGAAGAAGAAGAGAGUGGCAAAAAGGAAACCAUUCCCAAGCUAACCUAUCUGUCUGUUUUUAAAAAGAAGAAAACACUGGGUUGGUGGCCGAUUUAUGUUAAAAAACCGAACGGGUACAUGUACCAGACAGGCAUGAUAAGCUGUGAGCUGGAGGUAAUGACCAAGGCCCAGGCCGCAAAGAGGCCUGCUGGGACAGGUCGAGGGGAGCCCAACACUAACCCUGUAAUAGAAGAACCUAUUCGCAUCCCAACAACGUUCCCAGUGAUUGAUUCUAAGGUUAAGAUGGUGAAGUUUAUCUGGAAGAGUCCUAACAAACCGAAACUGAUUCUUGGACUCAUAGCGCAACUUGUAGGCGGGCUUCUAGCUGGAUUUCUCCUCAACGCUUCCGGUAUGGUUACAAGUUUGCUCGGUGUUGGUGGUGGUGAAGAAGCAUAAAAGACAAAAUGCGAAGAGACCAAACGUACCACAUUUACAUUUACAGCCCAUGACCCGCGGCCGCAUUUGAAUAAUCUAAACUGCACUCGAAACCAAGGAACUGGCAAUGGUAAAAUCUAAAACCAAAGCCAGUAGAGAAUAGAAUUGUAAAUUUUCUGUAGAUGUUAGGGCGGAAUGAUUUUUACAGAGUCGAAAGAAAGUAGAAUGACAAUAGAUUAUUUUGCUUACAGUUUAAAUCGAUAGAGAUGACUCUAACCAGCUUUGCGACUUUCAUUUAUAGUUUAAAUAAAUGACAUCUUAAAAGUUUUUUAUCUACUGAAUUAACAUUGUUAAUCACCAUGUUGUAACCAUAGAUCAAGGAUUCUUUUAACAUUUCAAUAUUACA